AUGUCUCAAGCACAGAACAGACUGACGCAAGUCUCCGGACACAUCGCGGGCUCUGCGCCUUCAGGAGGAGAUGCUCGGGCGAAGAUCCUUCAGAAGAACCCAGACGAUAUCGUCGUGACGGCAUGCUUGCGUACCGCAUUUACGAAAGGUGGAAAGGGAGGUUUCAAAGACACGCCUGCGGCGGAUAUGCUUGUUGGGGCCCUCAAGUCCCUCAUCGAGCGCUCGAAUAUUGAUCCGGGACUGGUGGAGGAUAUUGCGGUGGGCUCGGUGUUGCCUCCUGGUGGCGGGGCGACUGAGUUCCGUGCUGCUGCACUUGCGGCUGGGUUUCCCGUUUCUGCGGCAGUCAGGAGUUUGAAUAGACAGUGUUCGUCUGGAUUGCAGGCUUGUGUUGAUAUUGCGAAUGCGAUUUCGACUGGCAUGAUUGAAAUUGGUGUUGGCGCUGGUGUGGAGAGUAUGAGUUUGCAAUAUGGACCCGGUGCUGUCACUGAAUUCUCCGAACUCCUCGACUCCCACCCCGAAUCCAAGAACUGCAAAGUUUCCAUGGGCCUGCUCUCAGAAAAGAUGGCCAAGGACCGCAAUGUUCCCCGCACACUUCAAGAUGCAUUUGCAGCAUCCUCAUAUCAAAAGGCAGUCAAGGCACAAGCAGCCGGUCUCUUUGAUGAGGAAAUCGCUCCUCUUAAGGUCAAAUGGGAGGAUCCCAAGACCGGAGAAACAAAGGAAAUCACAGUAGCUAAAGAUGACGGUGUCCGAGAUGGCAUCACCGCUGAAAGUCUCGCCAAGAUCAAGCCUGCCUUCGCCAAAGACGGCUCUAUCCACGCUGGAAACGCAUCUCAAAUAUCAGAUGGUGCGGCAGCAGUUCUGCUCAUGAAGCGCUCUACUGCUGAGCGUCUCGGCCAAAAGAUUCUUGGUAAAUAUGUCGCUGCAUCAGUAGCAGGUGUCGCACCUCUGCUCAUGGGUAUUGGACCUUGGGCAGCUAUUCCUAAGGUCUUUGAGAAGGCUGGUAUUAGCAAGGACGAUGUUGAUAUCUUUGAGAUCAACGAGGCAUUUGCUAGUCAGUGUGUUUGGUGUGCGAAUGAGUUGGGGCUAGAUAUGAACAAAGUCAAUCCCAAAGGUGGUGCGAUUGCGUUUGGACAUCCGUUGGGAUGUACCGGUGCUAGACAGGUUUCUACGUUGCUUUAUGAGUUGAAGAGGAGAGGAGAAAAGGUUGGAGUUACAAGUAUGUGCAUUGGGACGGGAAUGGGGAUGGCUGCGGUUUGGGUAGCUGAAUAG